AUGCGUCACGCACUUGGCUUCUACGGUGCAUUGACUCUAAGUGGCCUUUACACACUACACCACCCAGGCAACUCAUUCGAUGCAAGCAACAUUGGCAACUUUAUCCCUGCUUUGAAAUACUGCAUCGCAGCUCAUCCUAUCUUGGCUGCUGCUAUUCAUGGGGAGGACACUGAGACUCCGCAUUUUGUUCGACCCGCAUUCCUCAACCUUGAAAAGCACAUUCAUCUCGUUGAUACCGUCUCUCCUACUGGAUCAUACCCACUCAAGGAUGACCUGAAUAUCCUCACUCAAGUGAAUCGGGAUGUACAUGACCAGCCUUUCCCUAAUGUGGACCAGACUCCUCCAUGGAAAAUUGUCAUUUGCCCCCUAGCCACUGACACAGCCACGGGAACUCAGCAGCUGUAUAUCAUAUUCGCAUACUCCCACUCUCAUGGUGAUGGAAAGUCAGGUCUAGCUUUUCAUAGAUCUUUGCUCGAGGGGCUUCAAACAGCGCAUGAGCUUUACGAUCAAAGUUCCAUCUAUCAGCCUCCUGCAUCGCCUAUUCCACCGCCAUUGGAGCAAGCAUGUGACUUGAGGAUCACCUGGUCCUACCUACUUUUCAAUCUCUUCGGUGGUCAUAUACCAACCUCUGCAUGGAGGGUCCUUGGAUAUCCAAUUCCAGCAACAACCAAUACUUGGACUGGGAAAGAGAUGUGCUACGAUCCUUCGAAUUUCCGUACCGGCUCGGAAGCUCUCCUAGUCAACAAGUCUCUGCUAGACGCCACUUUGAGGGUCUGCAGAAAACACGAAGUGAGAUUCACUGGCUUCUUCAACCAUCUCAUUGUGCAAAUUCUAGACACCGUUCUACCGCAAGAUGUCACCAGGACCUUCCUCGGACAAAUCGUCGUUGAUCUUAGACCCCUAAUCCCUGUCUACACUGAGAAGGAAAUGGUCAACUGUGUUUCGGCCCUCUACGAAACAUCUUCUUCCCCUAAAAUCCUAGGGGCACACGAAAGACCGACGACUAGCCUGAAGCACGACACCGCAUUCUGGGACGCAGCGCGAAGGACCACGAUUCGAUUGGCCGACUGCGCAAGUACCCUUGUCAAUCAACCAAUAGGGUUGCUACGAUAUCUAACUCAAUUUCGGCCUUGGUUUCUUGAAAAACUAGGGAAAGAGCGUGAAUCAUCCUAUGAGAUUAGCAAUGUUGUUAAUUUUGAUCCGCUGAAUGAAUAUGUGGAUACGACUUUGCACGUCGAACAUAGAAAAUGGGACAUCGAGAGAGUCGCAUUUUCACAGCCGGCUAAUGUCACGGGAAGUGCAUUGAAUUUCCAGGUUGUGACGAGGAAAGGUGGUGAUAUGGUGAUUACCUUGAAUUGGCAACUUGGGGUCUUGGGCGUUGUUGAUGAGAAUGAAUUUGUGCAGGAUAUCCUGGCUAGGAUUCAUGGUUCGUUGACGGAAAUGUGCUGUGACUGUCCUGUGGAUUGUGUUGAUUGCAGCCCAAAGUGCUUGGAAGCAGGCAGUAGGUAG